AUGGGUCUCCGUGGUCUCGGUGGGUUGCAGUGGUCCCAUGGUUCUGUGAUCCCAGUGGGUCUGAAUGGUCUCAGUGGUCCCAUGGUUCUGUGAUCCCAGUGGGUCUGAAUGGUCUCAGUGGUCCCAUGGUUCUGUGAUCCCAGUGGGUCUGAAUGGUCUCAGUGGUCCCAUGGUUCUGUGGUCGCAGUGGUCUCAGUGGAUCUCCAUGGGUCUCAGUGGGUCUCGAUGGUCUCAGUGGGUUGCAGUGGUCCCGUGGUUCUGUGGUCUCAGUGGGUCUCAGUGAUCUCAUGGUUGUGUGGUUCCCCGCUCAGACCCUCGAGCAGUUCGAGUAUGACGGCUGCGACAACUGCGAUGCCUACCUGCAGAUGAAGGGCAACCGCGAGAUGGUUUACGACUGCACCAGCUCCUCCUUCGACGGGAUCAUCGCCAUGAUGAGCCCCGAGGACAGCUGGGUCUCCAAGUGGCAGCGCAUCAGUAACUUCAAGCCUGGUGUGUAUGCAGUGUCUGUGACCGGCCGCCUGCCCCAAGGGAUCGUCCGAGAACUGAAGAGCCGUGGUGUGGCUUACAAGUCACGAGACACAGCUAUCAAAACCUAAGAGGCUCUCGUGCUGCGUGGAGGAUUCCCAGGUUCUCUGCUGGGCUGCUCAGCGAGGCUGCUGGCAGGUGGGGCACUGCUCUGAAACCUUUUAGUUUUAGCAUGAGGGACCUGGACUCUGAGGGAGCUGCUGGCUCAGCUGCUCUCACUCGGUACCUCCGGACUCAGCCAUGCCACUGUUGGACCACAAAGAUCUUAAAAUCAGUUGCAGCCUUGACAGGGAGGGGAAUGUGAGUAGGGCUGGGAAGGAGGUAUUGAAGGGAGAUGCAUAAACCUUUUAUAGUCGGUGCGGAUAAGAGGACCUGGGAUACAACUGUAAAUAUUUCAAUAAAACUUGCUUUCUGGUCAGAAUGGA